AUGAAAAAUACAAACCGGAAUUUUAGGCUUGAGUCUUACAAGGUGUUAUGUAACUCGAUAGCUAGCAAAAAGGAGCCAGUUAGAAAAGUUAGCAGAAGAAGAGACGAGAUGUCUCCAGUAUUACGGAAUCAGAUGUUUCAGACUAUUAUAAAGCUCAAGGGUGGCCACAACUACAAAAGAGCUUUCAGCCCCCAGAUAAUAAGAAAGAUGAGACCAGAAAGCCCUCAAUAUGAAAUUAAAUUCAGCCCUCAUGCUUCCUGGAAUCAGCAGAAGUCUAACUCAGCUCCUGGUAGCAAGCAUAGGAUAAAGAAUGGAUGGUAUUAUAAUUUGAUAUCAAAAAUUCGUACUAAGAUGAAUAAAUCGGGCUUUAAAAACAGAAGAUUUAUAUCUCCCCACAUGCUUAGAAACAAAGCUGACCUGCUUGCUAGUAGCAGAGUCCUGGAUGAUACACAGCUGAAAGGAACAACAAAAGUCGGUGAUUUUAAGAAAAGAAAACAUCCACAUAAACUUCCAAUUCUAAAACAGCUGACUUCUUUGGACGUAAUAAAAUUUGAUCUCUAAAUUAACUUAAUAACAACUAUUUUAAAAUAAUAGAAAUCAAUAGAUCUUGCCAAAUAUUAAUAUUGGAAUUAUUGGCCAAAAAUUUCCCGUGGUAUUGCAGUCUUUGUAAAGAUAUGUCUAUGAAAGACGCCUAAAAACUAAACUAGAGGUUUCCAAUUACUUAAUCACAAUCACCCCCUUAUCGACCUCUUUUCUAUCUCUUCCCAAAAUACAAUAACCCAUCAAAACCUUCCAUUCCUCACCCUUGCAAAUCGCCCAAAAUCCACCCUCUAUUCCAAUUUUCCCCAUAACUCUCCACUUCCAGUUCUCCUUUAUCCUCUUCUUCCCAUUCUUCUCCUCUAAACCUCCUUCAGUCACCCACCCAUUCACUAUUUCCCUUCUUCACUCAUCUUCUCAGCCAGGGGCUCCUGCUGGUAAGAUAGGUGGAGGAGGGAUUUUGGGUGAAGUGGGGAUUUGUAUGGGAAUGAGUUGAGUUUGGAGAAGGGAAAAUGGGAAGGAAAGUUGGGGGUUUUGAGGGAAUGUGGGGGUAUGUUUGUAUGGGAAUUUUGGAGGUUUUGGGAUUCAUUGAUUAGGGAGGAUUUCGAGGUUUUUAUGCAGAUUUAGAGCUGAUUAGAGAGUUUUAGGUGUGGAUGGGAAGUGAUGGGGUUGUAUGAUGUUAGGAUUGAUAAGUAUAACACCAAUAGGUCAUAGAGUAUAAAAUUAAAUGCUAAUAAUCUGGAAAAUAAUUGGAGAAAUUGUUGUCAAACAGCAAAUAGUAUUUCUGAGUUUAGUUAAAAUAACAACAAUUUUUAGAUUCAUGGAUUAUUUUUCAAUUUAGUUCUAACCUAUUGGUAUCUAGAGUGUUAGCUAUAGUUUUGAUAUGUAAUUUAUAUGAGAAUAUUCAGACCAGUUAGAACAUAUUUUGACGAAUUUAUCAAUAGACUAACCCAAGCUUCGAGUAAAAUUUUUAUCAAGUCUUAAACUGAGCUACUUCUUCAGAUACUUGUUGUUUUAAAAUCUGUAAUAAUAGAUAGGUUAGGGAUGAACUUCUGGCCUAAGAUAAUGGAAGUUAUUUCACAUAGAAAUAUAGUGUUUUAAAUAUUAUUGAUUUCUUUAAUUUAGAAAGCAUCUUCUGUCCCUUUGCUUACUUUUCCAGCUUAAAACUUCUUUAUUUUCCAUUUUGAGUUAUUAGAAAAUAUUUACUAAUAUGGUGAAUCACAUAAAAUCCAGAUGAAGAGGUUUGGACUAAGGCAGCUAUAUAUAUUUGAACAAGAUUUAGAGCAAAUUCAGAGGGAGAUAAUUAUCAGAAAAUUGGAUGGUUUGAAAUAUAAUUUAUUCUUCUACAUACCCAUAAAUUAUAUUUUAAGAAAUAAAAAACAUAGAUAUUUAUUUCUUGACUCACAUUCAUGAAUUUCUUCUUUAAAAAGAGGCGAAGUAGAGGCUUAUUAUAUUUAGAAUUAUAAAUAUGGUAACAAAACAGCAGAUUUAGACUCAUUUAUGAAGUCUUGGAGUGUUCAAAUUAGAUAAUCUACCUCUCCAAAGAGACCCUUCAUGCCUUAUCACAAGUAAACUUAGGACGAAUUUUAUUUAAAAACAUUUUAAAACCCUAUUUAUUUCCGAUGAAUUUGAUCAAAACACGUUUAUCAGACUUGAUUCAGAUCCAUGUAAUUAACUCAGCCAUUUCUAAAAUUCACUGAGUUUUUUAUUUGUGAUUGCACAUUCGUUUCACUUUGAGAAGAGGAAACAGAAUACGAUUAGACUAUUUUCAAACAUAAACUUUUAAUGAAGCGAAGAAAUAUUUAAGAUGAUAUAAUGAAGACGGAAUCAUGAUCAAGACUCUUCAUAGAGCUCUGAAAUCUUUGGAAUUAUACAUUGACGCUCAUUUUGGGAAUUAUUUGUAAACCAUUAUUUUUAUUUAGUAGUAUCAUUCACUAAUUUCAGAAAAGGGAGGCAUAAUGGAUACUUUGGAAUAACUAUUUUCUCAAUAAGACCAAAGUAAAUUUUGGAUAAAAUAUGCAACCACUGCGAGUUUAACCUCCCUAAAAAACAAAAUUACCCGAAUUCUUCAAACAAUAAAUACUGAUCAUCCUCAGACAUUACCACUCAGCCCUCAAUCCAAAGCUUAGUCCCACAACUUCAUGAUGACCAAGAGUCCACCAAACCGAAGUCCUCAGACCACUAUCCAUUCCUUCAAAGAUGCCUCCACCUCCACUUUUCCACCACUAAGCUUAGAGAUUC